AAACAUCGAGGAGAAAGCAAGUGAAUAUUUCAGAACGAACAUUACUUAACUUUUUGGCAUUCCAUAUUUCCAUCCAAAGCCAAACUUUUGACACAUAACCAAUAAAAAAUUGAUGUCAAAAUAUAGUCAAAAUAAACAACACAAAAGUGAAUUUUGUGUGUUGUAUAGUCUUAUAAAAAAUAUUGGUUUCCAAGCAAUAAUAUUCAAUAAUGUCUGACCCACCUGUAAAGCGUUACAGACGUGAUGAAAAAUCGUCCGAUUCUGAAGAAGACGUAGAUAAUUAUGAACCGUAUGUGCCAGUGAAAGAUCGUAUGAAACAGAAAUUAUUAAAGUUAGGUAGAUUGGGACAAGUAGCUAAUGAGGUGGCUGCUGAAACUAAGAGUUCUAGCGACAACGAUCCUGAUGAUGAAGGUUCUCAAGAAGAAUGGGGACGACGUUACAAUGUAUCACUCCUCGAUCAGCACAGCGAGUUGAAACGUCUCGCGGAAGCCAGAGCGCUGUCCGCAGCAGAGAGACAAGCGAAGGAAGAAGAGCAUAUACUGGAGAGUGUAGCGCAGAGUAAAGCUUUGAUGGGUGUCGCGGAGUUAGCUAAAGGCAUUCAAUACUCCGAACCAAUCAAAACGUCAUGGCGUCCGCCACGUUGUAUAUUAGAUCUGCCUGAAGAAAGACAUGACAGGGUGCGACAACAGUUGAGAAUAUUAGUGGAAGGGGAGGACGUACCACCGCCUAUAAAGACGUUCCAACAUAUGAAGUUUCCUAAAGGCGUCCUCCGAGGUUUAGAAGCGAAGGGUAUAAAACACCCGACCCCCAUACAAGUGCAGGGUAUACCCGCGGUACUGAGCGGUCGGGAUAUGAUCGGUAUAGCCUUCACGGGAUCCGGUAAGACGCUGGUCUUCACACUGCCAUUGAUCAUGAUGUGUUUGGAGCAAGAAGUGCAAAUGCCGUUUAUUAAGAACGAAGGGCCAUACGGUUUAAUAAUCUGUCCGUCAAGAGAAUUAGCCAAGCAGACACACGAUAUAAUCCUACACUUUGUGAAACAUUUGAAAAUGACCGGCCACCCUGAAAUAAGAAGCUGCCUCGCUAUUGGUGGUGUUGCGGUGUCCGAAUGUAUGGAAACAGUACAAAGGGGUGUACACAUAAUGGUCGCUACGCCAGGACGACUUAUGGACAUGUUGGACAAGAAAAUGGUUCGUCUAAACGUCUGUCGGUACCUCUGCAUGGAUGAAGCGGAUCGGAUGAUAGAUAUGGGCUUCGAGGAGGACGUCAGAACGAUAUUCUCGUACUUUGCCGGGCAGCGACAGACUUUGUUGUUUAGCGCGACUAUGCCGAGGAAAAUACAGAAUUUUGCAAGAUCGGCCCUCGUGAAGCCGGUGACCGUCAACGUUGGUAGAGCCGGUGCAGCAUCACUGAACGUUCGCCAGGAGCUGGAGCUGGUGAAAGCCGAAGCCAGGACUGUGCACUUGCUGCACUGUCUCCAGAAGACCGCACCACCUGUGCUGGUCUUCGCGGAGAGGAAGCAGCACGUGGACGCUAUACACGAGUAUCUGCUGCUGAAGGGAGUAGAAGCAGUAGCAAUACACGGUGGUAAGGACCAAGAGGAAAGAUCUAGAGCCGUGGAAGCGUUUAGAAGAGGGGAGAAAGAUGUACUCGUUGCUACCGAUGUAGCUAGUAAAGGUCUGGACUUCCAAAACAUCCAGCACGUUAUAAAUUACGACAUGCCGGAAGACAUAGAGAACUACGUCCAUAGAAUUGGUCGUACCGGUCGUGCGGGGACUAUGGGCGUGGCGACCACGUUACUCGGUCGUCAGCAAGAUGAUAGUGUACUACGGGAUUUAGCGCAUCUGUUGAGAGAGGCGGGGCAGAAGGUCCCGUCAUUCCUAAUCGAGAUGUUGGGCGAAGCGGACGUGCCGGCGACGGACGGACAGGGCUGCUCGUAUUGCGGGGGGCUGGGACAUAGGAUCACUGAAUGUCCAAAACUGGAGGCGGUUCAAAACAAGCAAGCUUCGAAUAUCGGCAGACGGGAUUAUUUGGCGAACACAGCGGCAGAUUAUUAGUUUUAAUUCUAUUGAAGAACUAGCUGUGCCCCACGGUUUUACACGCAUUACUCCGCUCCUGUUGGUCUUAGCGUGAUGAUAUAUAGCCUAUAGCCUUCCUCGAUAAAUGGGCUAUCUA